AAACUUCCGGUAAGAUUUGUAAGCUUUCACCAAAGCUUUCUACUCUUUGAGUUGUCAGUAUCCAGAGCACAGCUGUGUUACUCUGAUGGAUAAUGCCAGCUUCAGGUGAAACAGAAAAUAUGGAGGUUAUGUCCUCGGACGUAGACACAGGUCAUGUAGAAAUAGACUUGUCAUCUCGUGACCUUCAGAGUUUGCCAGAGGAUGUUCUCGACAGCUCAUCAUCACUCGUCAAACAGCUUCUUCUUGAUUACAAUGAUCUCAACACACUGCCUGAACAUUUUUCUAAAUUCUUCCCCAGUUUGGAGGUGCUCUCUAUAACAGGAAAUGAAAUAAACAGUUUGCCUGUGCUGACAGGAUGUGUAGGUUGUUUACGAGAGCUGCACUUGAAUGAAAAUUGUAUUACAGAAUUGUGUGAGUCAAUCUGUUGCUUAACAAAUUUACAGGUACUGAAAGCAACAGGAAAUAGUCUCAAAACGUUACCAGAUAAUAUUGGUGAACUCAGAAAUCUCAGAACGUUAUGUUUGGAUGACAACAAGCUUGAAAAUCUUCCCAGCACAUUAGGCCUGUUGGAAAAUUUAGAAACACUUGAAUUGGAAGACAAUAAAAUAGAUCAUAUAACUGAUGGGAUCGGCCGAAUGAAAUGUUUACGUAUCCUCAAUUUGUGCAGCAACAAGCUAAAAACAAUUCCAGAAACCUUAGGUGACUUGAACAAUCUGGAAGCUGUAGACUUGUCAGGGAAUUUUCUCAAAGCUCUACCAUCUCACUUCAACUCUGCUUGUAAACUGAAAAAAUUCUAUGCCGAUAGAAACCAGUUGGCAGAAAUGCCAGAUUGGAUAGCAGAUCUGUAUGAAGCUGUUGAACUUUCUUUAAAGGACAAUAAAUUUCACAAUGAACCAUUCUCAGAGAGAUUUGGAGGAAACUGCAAAAAACUCAAACUUUUUGACUUUGGAGGAAACUUCAUAACAAAACUGCCAAACUCCAUUGGAAAACUUGCAAAUUUGGAAAAGUUUUAUCUUGGAAGUGUGAUUGACGAGCUGGAAAGGUGGGCAUUCCAAAAUGGCAACUGGCUGAGUUAUUUACCAAAUAGCAUUGGAGAAUUAGUGAAACUUAAAGAAAUUCAUUUAAAUGAAAAUUUGUUUCAAGCACUUCCUGAAGAGUUUGGAGACUUAGUAUGCCUUGAAUUUCUAGAUCUGGGUCAGAAUCUAUUAAGUGAUUUACCAGAAUCAUUUGGAAACUUGAGAUCCUUGAAGUUUUGUCAACUUUCAAAAAACAAGCUGCAACUUCUCCCAAGUUCAUUUGGCAAUCUGACUUCAUUAGAAGAUCUGAGAUUGGACAACAAUUUGUUAGAAGAGCUGCCAGAGUCAUUCAGUGGACUGGUCAGUCUGAAUAGCCUGGACUUGUUCAACAACAAACUUAGAGAAAUCCCUACAGCAAUAGAAUCCUUCACCAAACUUGUCCGAUUGGAUCUAAAUGAGAACAAGCUGUCCAAAUCGUGGCAAAAUGUUCCCACUUUAAGGAAGAUGACUGUAUAUGCAAAGCGUGACCCAAACCUGAGUAACAAUUGGCGUGGCCGGCCCCGUCAGGAUCUUGUCAUUCCCACCGACGAUAACCCCAAAGGGCAAGCUGAUAAGGUCUCUGUGGUAGAGAACGAUGAUGAAGAAGGGAGUGAUGAAGAGGAAGAAGAGGUUACUACUAAUGGGUAUUCUCACGACCUGUACAGACGAGCAGCAGAGCUAAACCUUUCUUCCUCAUUCUGGCGUAGUCACACUGGUUCCCAGAAACGAGAGAAAUUUGUUCACCACUAUGACAGGGGCCGCAGCCAAUACAGCUCGGACACGUCAGAUGAGACUAAAGAAGCUAGCAGUGAUAGUGAAGAAGCUGAAUCCCAUGACGAUGAUAACUAUGAGCCACCACUUUUCUUUCCGAAAACCAGAAAAAGAGGAAAUCAGGAAGAUCUGAAGCCUAAGACACCAGAACCAGUUCCAGAGGAAGGCGCACAAGUCCCACUGGAACCUGAGGAAGACUGGGACGCUGAGAUUGAGGAAUUAGAAACAGACAAUCCAUAUGAUGACUUCAACAAUAUAUAUCAGCACCCUCAUCCGAAGACUUUGGCUGAAGCUGGCUAUGAAGUAGAUGAACAUCUGUUCUUACCCUAUGACAUCCAUACAGAUCCAAUCAUCAAAUUCCAGGUCGCCUUCACAACAGAGACAGGGACAGUUUGAUGAUGUUGAUGAUGAGGAAUGCUGAUCAUUGGAUAAAAAAAACUUAGAUGCAAUACACAAGAUCAAAUAUAGUGAUAUGUUAUAGUUGAUAUGAAGGUCAUUUCAAGGUCAGUGUGAUAAGUCAAUGUUAACUGUACUGUGGAGGGGAUGGAAUUUUACUGCAAAACUCAGUGAAUGGUGAGGAAGCUAAAAUCUUGAUGAAUUUUCACUAAUGUCCCUUCCUUCUGGACUAUAGACUGUAUAUAAUUGGUGAAUUUGUUGAAUCUGUCUCAAAUGAUAUUGUUUUCAAACAUUUUUGUGGUGAUCAUAACACAAGCAUCAGUAACAGGGACGAGAUUUUAUACCAGAUUGUACAUUUGUUGGUUUAAACAGAUUUUAUUUUGCCUUUGAUUGGUUCAUAAUGACAAAUAGGAUUGGGGCACAAGUUCUAAAACUUAUCGAGGCCCUCUCCUGAACAUACAUCAAAUAUUAACAGUGAAUCAUGGCUGCAUAUUAGCUAUAAAUAAAUUUGCUCAUUUUGUAAAUACUUUACAAUGAAUUACAAUUGCAAUUACAAUUUCAAUUGGACCUUGUUAUCUCGAGCUCUCCUGAUGGCUAGAAAUGGGACUGUAUCUAUGAUUAUAAUAGACUCAAUAAUAUUUCAGUACAUUUGUUAUUUGAUUAUGUAUUCUAAUGAAAUUGAUUCCAAACCAUCAAUGCAAAUCCAUUAUUUAAAGUUUUUGUGCCAAAAAGUACAAGUUUUUACAAAGUACAAAAACUGUUUUUAUUACAAAACGAUGUAAUUGAUCAGAUUGUGAUAGAACUGCCUUUCCAAUGUUAUACAUGAUAAUGAUUUACUACAAAAACUCACCAUGUCGGUUUUAUUAACACCAUAAAAGUAUUCAAUUCUCCAUUGUACAGAAGACAUUUAAUUGGAUAAUUGAAUAGCAUGUAAAAAGUACAGUGGUAGAUUUUUAAAGAUAUAACAAAACAUUUUCCUGGUGAAAAUGAACAAUUAUGUAAAAUGAUAUUGUUUGCAUUAUUCAAGUGUUGCUGUAGAAGUUCUUAUGAUCUUAUGAAACUUGUUUUUUUUUCUUUUGGUUUGUUUAUGAUCUAUGACCAAAAACUCUAUUGAUUUAGGUAUUAGCCAAAAAUGAGUACAAUCAUCUAUCAAUUAAGAUACUUAGUAUUUGUUACUCAAAUAGAUCAAUUGAUUUUAACAAAGUCAUACCUUGACUGCAAGUGCACUUAUCUUUAUUCAACAUUACAACAGUGUAUGUUUGGUAUUGAUUUUUGAUUAAGUUCCGGUCAUUUAAGGACGGUAACAGUGAAUGUAACCACAAACUUAUGUCUUUGUGUGUGAGAUACGUAAGAUAUUAAUUUUCUUCCUAAAAUAGGGUACAUAGUAUUCACCUUGUCCGUCCAAGUGUCCAUCCACGUAUCAGUGCAGAGCUUGUGUAUAAGAUAUCUUAAGACCACCUGGACACAGAAAAGGCAAAAAGACAGACCAAAACAGUAAGCACAGGUGCAAAACUUCAGUGUACCUGUGUAUCUACUGACUAUAUAAGUUUUGGAAAAGUUCGAAAGAGUCCAGACAAGAUGACAACAAACGUAUAGACAAAGGGACAUAACUGGAUGAAUCAAAACAUAAGCGUAGUGAUCUUCAGUGUAUACUGACUACAUCGGUGAAGUUUCACAAAGUUUGGAUGAAAGUAGGAGUUGUCCAAACAAAGAUUCAGUCAACAAUCACAACCAGAGAAUUAGGGCAUAACUGUCGUAUGAAAUAGGUGAAUAAAAAUACCCCCCAAAAAAGUGGUCAUCUGGAGCAUCACUUCAUGCGUAUAAUAAAAACUGUAGGAGCUGUGCAAACAAAAUUCUGACAUGGACAGAUGGAAGGAUGGACAACCUGAUUCCAGUGUUACCAAUAGUUAUUAUGCACAAUAUAAAACUACAAAAACCUAGGAAUUAUUUAUCGGAUAAUAAUUAGGAAUCUUAUUCCUCGUACAAAUUUGUAAUUGUGUACAAUAAUCUUUAGACAAGCUCCUGUUUGGAAUAGGUUAUGGAAUAAGAAUACAGUAACUAAGGAUUAUUUUGUACCUGAAAAAUAAUCCAGACCCCAAAUAUAGAUUCACAUGAUAUUGUCUACAAAGCUUUAAAAUCAAAUUAUAAGACUGUGUUCAGUGAAUGGUACUGUCAAGACAAUAAUACUGAUGCUAGUAUUGGUAUGUAAUUAUUGUAAGAAAGUUGUAGUUAUUUAUUAUACAGAUAUAUAUGUGUCCAUGUGUAUUUGAGAUAAACAAUUUUAAAUGCUACCAGGUACUCUUUAUGUAAAUUGUAAUGUAGUUUUUAUAGCAUUAAUGAUGAUUUCAGUUAUUCAUGCAAUAUAAUUGUUUAUAGAGAUUGUAAAUCAUACAAGGGAAGAUUUUUCCAUUUAUUGUACAUACCUUUAUUUUCAUUUACCAUAUUCAGCAAUAAGCCCAUGGCUGGUGACAAGUACACCUAAAUCUAGUACAGUUUAGUGAAAUGCUAUAUCUUUAUCCUGCAAUAAGCCCAUCUCUACUUGGAACUCAAAGUUCAUGUGUUGGUCACCAGACACCUCUACUUGGGACUCAAAGUUUAUGUGGUGGUCACCAGGGUUUAUUGCAGGAUAAAUUUGGUAAGAACAAUGUGGUCAUGAUGUUUUUGUUUCAUACUGUUGAGAUUUAUCGUUAUAACUGCCACUGUCCUAUACCUUCCCUUCUGUAUGUUCCACAAUGCAGGUAUUCAGAAGGAUAUGUUAAGAACUCUGAAUUUCUCUCCAAUACAUAAUAAUUCAAAGUAGCGUGAGCCACAAAUGUCUCUCUAUACUGUCUUGCAUAUUCUCUCCUAAACACAGGUUGACUUUAAAUGUGCAUAUGUUGUAUUCUCAAGUUAAUGAAUUUAUCUAGCCAUGUAUAUUCUAUGUUAUUCCAUCACUUAAUCUCUCUCCUCUCUAUAUAUAAGAGGCUUCAUGGAUAUGAUAUUAUUAUUAAAUGAUGAUAUAGUUAGGAUUAGUGAAGUCUAUACAUUCUUACGCCACUGCCACAAAGUAUUUGGAGGCAUACUUUUAGGAUGUUAUCCUUCCUCUCCAUCCCUGUCCAUCACAAAUUUGGUUACCCAUCGCUAGGCUUCCUCUCCCAGGUAUAGUCAGUGUUCUGUUGGUGUACAAAGUUUUGCCAUGUCCUUACAUGCCAACCAUCGCUGGGCUUUAUCUCGCCGACUAUAGUCGUGUUCUGUUGGCAUACAAAAUUUAUUUUGCUCUUUUUAAUAGUGAUAAGAUGUUAUUUUUAGCAUUCUUACUAUAAAUAUUUUACCAGAUUUUGGUUUAAUAGGUAAUUAUACAACCAUUAAUUUAUGAAGAGAUUUCUUGAAAAUUAUUGGUAUUGAUGCAAUGUUAUGUGAGCUUUUUCAUAUGUGACUAUUUCUGUAUAUCAGAGGUCUAAGGAGUCCUGGCCUGUUUUGUACCUUGCGUCAGUCUGUCCAUACUCAUAUUUAGUAGCAGUAUAGGGAAUUAUAUCAUAAUUGAUGAAAUUGUUUUCUAGACAUGUUGAUACAAUGAUAAUGAAUAUUGACAUCUGAUUAUGUAAUCAUCUCUCUACAUUGUAUUUGGUGGCUCGACCUCUAUUGUUACGUGGAAUCAGAUAUAACAGGAUGUUGUUUUCUCAGAAUUUCUACACAAACUUUUAACUUGAGGGACAUUUUGUACAGGAAACAGGGAAGUUUUUAAUCAUUUGUUUAUUUUUAAAAUUCAUGUUUGCAGAAAUUUGCAUAUCCUUAUAAUUUUGGACACAUGUAGCUGUAAGCCCUGCUUACCUUACCAUAUUUUACCGGGUAUAUAUGCCCAUAUUUGGAGUAAGCCCACACCCUAUUUUGCCCUUUUUCAGUGCACAAGCCCCCUAUGCUUCCGGUAAAAUACGGUAUUUAUGUGAGAAAAGGAUUUGUAAUAUAUGUAAAUUUGAUGCAGAUAUCUCAUUCAGUUGGUCAAAAGCAAACAUUGCUAUUUGUUUAAUAGUAUUUUCCAUCAUUGCGACGGCAACAAAAAUUAAUAUACAUUUAUUUCAGUUAAGAAUGCUUUUAAAUCAUUUUAAUUGUGAUUUUUUUGGCUGAUCUGUAAUUGUGAUUUUAUUGAAUCUUGAUACACUUUUAAUUUCUAACAUAUAUCAUUACAUAUGAUAUUUCAUUUCAAUGUAUAUCACAGAGUGUAAUUCAAUAGGAGUUUCCUGAUUAUGAAAGAAGCAAAAACACAUUUCACUAAAAUUAUAUAUUUUUGUUGUAAUGUAGAUAUCAUUACGAUAGCAAAGAGUAUUUAGUUCUGUUGAAAUUAUGUUUGUUUGGAUAAUUCUGUGGUAAAUCAGGUUUCUAACCUGCUGAAAAUCUUCAUGUACACACAUGUUGAAAAUCAUCAGUCUUGAGGCUAUUAUGAAUAAACCACCUCUUCAGAUUUCAGAAACACUUUGGAUUGUUUGUCUAAAUGUCUAAAACAAAUCCAGCUAUUAAGCCUGAUUAGCUAUGUAGAUUGUGUGAUAUAUGUCUUUAAUGGCUCAUGUUUAGAGGAGUAUCAUAAUGAACCAGAAGUGUUGAUUUAUGUAAUAAAAAUUCAAAGAAGAUCGA